AUGGUUAAUCCUACCUUGGUAAACGUCGUUAACAUCGUGCCGUACACGCCGGCUGAGGCUAUCGAGCUUGUCUCGAGGGCUGGCGUGAAAAAGGGGAACAUGCGGGCCGACCUUGUGUUCCUUUCUGCCAUCUCCGCGGGUUGUCUCCUAAGCUUCGGAGGCGCUGCAUCUUUCGUUGCCAGUACGGCACCGUGGUUCCAGGAAAAUGCGCCCGGGUUGAUGAGGGUGACGGGUGCUCUGGUUUUCCCCGUCGGAUUCGUCAUGGUCGUGUUGACCAGUGCGGAUCUGUUUACGGCGUCGAACAUGUUCACAACAGUUGCGGUCCUGCAUCAUCGACUGCCGGCGUGGAAGAUGCUCCUCCACUGGUGUCUAUGCUUUUGGGGAAAUCUGGUAGGAUCCCUAUUCAUGGCGGUCGUCAUUUUUGGAUACGGCGGAGUCUUUGAUGCUGCUCCGUUUCGAGAGAAUGUCAUCGCUUUCGCGACCAAGAAACAGAUCACGCCUGAUAUGCAUCAGAUAUUUCUGCGUGGCAUUGGUUGCAACUGGCUUGUCUGUCUUUCCUGCUACUUGGGCCUACAGGCCAAAGACUUCCAAUCGAAAAUUAUCGGUAUGUGGUGUCCCAUCUUUACGUUUGUCUCCCUUGGGCUCGACCAUGUCAUCGCAAAUAUGUUCUUUAUCCCUCUCGGGAUCUGGCUGCACACUCCCGGCCUAUCGGUUGGCUUGUAUAUCUGGAAAGGCAUCAUUCCUGCGGCACUCGGCAAUAUCAUCGGCGGCUCAUUGUUCUGUGGUGGAUACUACUGGUAUCUACACCUCUUCAGGGAAGCCCCAGUGCUUGUUGACGGCAAGGACUAUGGGGACUCUAUGCAUAAGUUGAGUCUGGAAGAGAAGGGAUCAAGUCAUGGCCGGAGCGAAGUGUAG